UCGAACAACUCAAAUUUGGCAUUCGGUUCGAUUUUCAUUUCGGUUGUGAUCUCUUUUUCAUGAUCAUCAAACAUUAUGAUCUUCUUGAAAACACUCAGUUUAAUAACGUGGGUACUUUUCUUUUCGAAUUUUGCCUUUUCUUGGGCCUUUUUUCAUCAUGAAAAAUUAUACCGUCAGCGUUGGCUUGAACAACACAUUUUAAAAACCAAUCUCAGCGAUGAAUCGUCAACGGAGCACUAUUUUCAGCAAAAGCUAGAUCAUUUCAAACCAAUUAACAAAGAAACCUGGUCACAACGGUUUUGGGUUGAUAAAUCGUUUCAUCAGAAACGUGGUCCAGCAUUUCUUGUGAUAGGAGGCGAACAGCAAGCUACAGCGGCCUUCUACCAAAGUACAAAUUUGAAAAAUUACGCGAAAAAGUUCAAUGCAAUGUUUUUCUAUUUGGAGCAUCGAUUUUAUGGCCGUAGUUUACCAAAACGCGAUAUCAGCACAAAGAAUCUUGUUUACCUGAGCAGCAAACAGGCUCUAGCAGACAUCGCAAAUUUCAUUCCUGGGGUAACUAAUCAAUACAAUUUAUCUACUGAUACUGAAUGGAUCGUGUUCGGAUGUUCGUAUGCAGGAAGUUUGGCUGCGUGGGCUCGUCUCAAGUAUCCUAAUCUCAUACACGGAGCAAUUUCUUCGAGCGCCCCACUUCUAGCUACGACGGAUUUUACAGAAUACUACGCAGUUUUCAAAGAAUCGCUGGACUUUAUUAACCCAACCUGUUCCCGUAAAUUGACAGAGGCUAAUAAGCACAUUCGCCAUUUACUCCAAAGUGACGUUGGCAGAAAAUAUGUUAAAGACGCAUUCUGUCUAUGCUGUAAAGUGUACAACAACAUGGAAAGUGCAUCAAACUUGUUCCGCUUAGUGCAAGGUUAUAUAGAAAAUGCUGUUCAGUCUAAUUUAAAACAGGAUAUUAAAAUUUUUUGCGACUUUAUGUCAUCUCCUAAUAUUACAUCGAUAGAAUCGUACGCUAAAACCAUACGAUUCGAGUUGCAUAAACAGAAUCGCACUUGUCUGGAUAAUUGCUACGGAGAAAAUAUCGAAAACUUGACAUCCACAAAUACAGACCCCGCGAAUAACGUGAGACAAUGGUGGUAUCAAAUUUGUACGGAAUUCGGUUGGUUUCCGACUACUAAUAAGGCGACCUUGGAUUCAUUAGGAAUUUACAUUCCUGUAGAAUACUUCAUCAAACUAUGCGAAAAUACAUUUGGUUCAAAAUUCAAUGGUGUUUAUCUGAAGAAGUCGGUUAUUCAGACCAAUACUUUUUACGAAGGAUUGAAAAUUAAUGUUGGAAACACUGUAUUCAUUCACGGAUCACUUGACCCUUGGCGUUCUCUUGGCAUCACUCACCCUGAAAUUCGAAAUGCACUUUACAAGACCAUCUACAUCAAAGGAGCCGGUCACUGUGGUGAAAUAUUUACUUCUAAUUCUGGUGAUGUGAAAAAAGCUCAAGUAGAAAUCGCAAACACAUUACAAUCUUGGUUACAAAAGUAGUGGAUAACCCGAAAAAUAGGAAAUUCGAAGCCUAAAUCUAAAGCAGGGAUCGUUUCGAGUUUCAAUUCCAUUUUUUUUUCAAUAAUAAUGUAUUCCGACGAUCGCUCAAAUCAGUCAAUAGGUAGGUACUUAGGUAUAUUUCCUCAAUGUCAGCUUAUUGAACCAGAAUGAUUUUUUUAAAAAUUACUAGGUAUCUCUAUUUUAUGAUUAAAAUCAAUUGAAUAUGUCUAUUGUCUAUCCUUAUGAACAAAUUAAUUUUAUUUUUAUCAACUUAAUUUUUAUUCAUUUUUCCUAGAUUAUGAUUUGAUCAAAAACACAAAUAUUCCUUGAUAUUUUAA